AUGGUCUCUUUUUACCAACUUAAAGUAGUUCUUCUUGACCUUUUAGUGAGGAAGUCCCAGGCCAAUCUUCUUGGUGACGCACAUUUGUUGAAGAGAUACACCCAAGCUUAUGAACUGCCAUCAGCUGCCACUCAUUUGACUAGCAGGACCCUUCCAGGCAAUACUACUAGCAUUGGCACUUCUCUUCAUAUUCUCCUCCCAACUCCAACGCGCCAACUGGUUGACGAAAGUACGCUUCACUCUCUUGACUCUUUCGAGAGUACUGGUAUCGAUCCCAAUACCGGUACUGAAGGAAGUAUUGAUCAUGCCACCUCUGAAGCUCUCAGUCUCUCUCCUGGGAGCAUUCCUGCCCCGCCAUUAGGAGGAGGCACUUCUGCAACUUCUAGUGGAAUUGACUGGACAGCAUUGCUUCCCGACACUCCCACCACUCAGGAGCUUCUCUUCAGCAAGACGCAUCCGCUGACUGGACAAGACCCGACUGCCAUUGAGCCUUCCAUGGGGGCCACGCCUGGUGUUAACACAUCCUUCCAUGCUCGUAGCACCACGGCUACUUUGCCAGCCAUUGACACCGCAAUUCAACAAAUUUCAACCACUUCGCCAAAUCCCUCUGUCGUGUCGCCCGAAACCUCUGAAAUUUCACGGUCCCAGGAACUCGGUACAGCUAUCGACACGGACAACCCUCCUAGUGAAACAUCGCUGUUAACGACACUUUACGAAGGACCAACUGGCACAUACGAUCCAACAUCUACUGCAGUUCAAACUCAGGAUGAGCCGGGCAGUACAAUUCCAUCCACUGAGGCCUUGACCGCCGACGGAAGCUUCUCAGACCCUCGAGAGUUCUCAGCCGGGAAUGGCAUCCAGCACAGCGAAUUUAGAAAGCCUAACGAGCAACCAACAAGAACAAGUACCGUGCCAUCUUCAGAGGUUGCCUUGGCGAAUAGCAUUGUCACAGGCACAGACGGCACAGUAGCCACAUAUGUCCCUGAGCAAAACAAAGAUUACAUUUCAUUCACUGGUACGACCACCACCACAGAUGAUAAUGGUGCCGCUAUUGUCAUCUUUCCCUUUGGAUGGUUUUGGAAGUUGUAUGGUGUUCCUGGAGGUGGUGACGCGGCCAAGCCUCCUGCCCCGACUGCCAAGCCUGUCCCGGAGAAAGAGCCCGGUGACAAGAACGAGGACGAUAAUGAUACUGGCGAUGAUGGCGCCUCGACUAAAGAAGAUGAAAAGUCUACAAUGGUGUCUACGAUACUGUCAACUACGCAAGGGCCUACCUCGGCCUCCACCACUACCAGGGUUUUCCAAAAUACUAAUUAG